ACACAAAACGCCAAUCGAAAACAUAAGACUUUUGUGUUCUGUGAUAACACUUAUUAAAAUGUGAUAAAAAUAACUUAAUAAUUUGAUAUUUUAAUUAGUAUCAAGAGCGUUGUGGGUCAAUUCAAAACAGAAGAUGAUGUUUUCAUAUUUGAGUAAUAUACUUGGAAGAAAAGAUUAUUUAUCAUCAACUAAGUACAAGGAGAUUUUUCGAUUUGAACAUGAUGCUGGCAAAAUUGAUAGUUCGCACAAAGUCAAUAACUUGGAGAAAAGAUUCUUAGUAUGGACUGGGAAAUACAAGAAUAUAAAUGAAGUUCCUGCUUAUGUCACACAAAGUGUAAUGGAACGUGCUAGAAACCGAAUGCGAAUCCGAAUCGCUAAUUAUAUGAUGUUAGGCACUGUGUUAGGUUGUAUUGCUAUGGUUUAUCUGGGAAAACAAGAUGCAAAGAGAGGAGAAUCAGUUGCAAAACAGAAUUUAGAUUGGCAUGCUCGUAUAAACGCUGAAGCCAGAGAGAAAGAGAAAAUGAGUCAACAAUAGAUUGUUUUUCUUUUUUCAUAUAGCGGACAGAUCCGAUUUAUUACUUCAUUUCGAAAAAUACAGUAGCAACUUCUAAACUAAGUGUAUCUAGGAAAAAAUAACGGAUUUAUUGUAUUGUUGAAGUAAAUAUUAAUUUUCAA